CCCUGGAGUAUAGCCGUUAUAUUAAUAGUAUUAAAAAUACUCCAUUAUGGUGAAUGUCAGAUGACACAAGCUGCACAGAAAUUUCGUGUCACUCCGUCAAAUUUACAAAUCGUAGAAGGGUCUGAAGCUUUAUUACAGUGCGAAGUAUCAAAUUUAGCUGGUCAAGUGCAAUGGACAAAGGAUGGAUUCGCGUUAGGUUUUGUCUCAGGAUUAAUUCCGGGCUUCCCGCGUUUCUCGACAGUCGGUGAUAAAUCACAGGGUGUUUAUAAUUUAAGGAUCACAAAUGCAUCAAUUGACGACGAUGCCGAGUAUCAGUGCCAAGUAACGCCAGCCAAAUUUCAUUCAGCCAUACGUGCCAAUGCAAAAUUGACUGUUAUCGCGCCCCCAUCAUCGAUAGAAAUACAAGGCUAUUCGCACAACUCCAAAGUAGAAGUGAGAGAAAAUCAAGACUUGACACUCACAUGCGUUGUGGCAAAUUCCAAGCCAGCUGCCGAAAUUAAAUGGUAUCGAGGGCAUACGGAAUUCAAACCAGAUGGACUCGAAACGCAAGUCACUGAAUCGGAAAACGGCAAACGCUUCACCGUAACAUCCCGCUUAAGACUGAAGCCAACUGCCAACGAUGAUUACAUGGAAUACUCGUGUCAGGCACGACACAAAGCGCUUACGCCUGAUAUGCCGAUGCGAUCAACUGUGCAGCUCUCGGUGCUGUAUCCUCCUGGAGAUCCAUACAUCGAAGGAUAUUCGCAAGGAGAGCGAUUAAAACGCGGGCAAAAUGUCGAACUCACGUGCAAAAGUCGCGGAGGAAAUCCCCCGGCUCAGCUAAUUUGGUACAAAAAUGGCGUGCAAGUUCGCAUGGCGUAUCGCACUCAAGGAAGAGUCUCCGAGAACAAAUACACGUUCGUGGCGGAAGCCAAUGACAACAAAGCCAAGUUUCGAUGUGAAGCCAGCAACGUUAUGUCACCCGAACCAUUGAAGACUGAAGUAGAGUUAUCUGUAUUAUUCGCUCCAUCCCAUCUGACCAUUACGGGACCCACGGAAGCCCGUGUUGGCGAUCAAAUCCAUUUAAAUUGCGCAACAGCGCCUUCAAACCCACCGGCAGAGAUUAAAUGGACCGUAAGCGGAAAACAACUAAAAAAUACGCAAUCACGAACGAGUGUCAGUGCUGAAGGCGGAUGGAUCACAACUUCAAACAUUACUGCCACAAUUGAGCCAAAUCGGAGAUCUCUCGUCGUCCUGUGUCACGGCAUCAACAUGCAACUCGCGGAAAAUGCUGUAGCUACGCAUACCGUCAAUAUUUUACAUCCGCCAUCCGCCCCCAUUAUUUCCGGAUACGUUGAAGGUUCAAUUAUACCCGCGGGAUCAAUUCAGAAACUUUUGUGCGUAUCAACAGGAGGCAAUCCGCUUGCGACAUUGACAUGGUACAAGAAUGACAAAAAGAUCAACUCAGUAAUUAAAACGACGGACAAAACUGUGUCAGCAGAAUUAACAGUAUUAGCGAAUGUCACAGAUAAUCAAGCACGAUACCGAUGCGAGGCGCAAAAUAGCGCGACAGAAAUCCCCAUGUUUGAAACGAAAACAUUGAGUGUGCAUUUCGCUCCGGAUACCGUCAAAAUUUCCGUCGAUCCGCCCGAAUUAAAGCCCGGAAUGGAAGCUACCUUGCAUUGUGACUCGUCAUCAAGUAAUCCGCCUGCUGAGUUGUCAUGGUGGCGUGAAGGCAUCGCAAUUCCGGGAGACAACAUUACGGAAUUUAAAGCUGGUUUGUGGGGAGGAACUGCGUCGCAUGCAAUGCUGAAGAUAAAUGUUACACAAGAUAUGAACGGAAUUAUUUUCACGUGUCAGAGUCGGAAUGAAGCGUUGCAAAGGAGUGUUCAUGAAGCUAUUAAGUUGGAUAUUAUGUAUCCUCCAAAAUUCAAACCUCCUCCAAGUUCAAAGGCUGUCGGAGUUGAAGGCGAAAACUUGAUCGUUCCAUUGGUAGCUGAAGGAAAUCCAAUUUCAAUUCAAUACACAUGGACAAAGGAUGGACUCCCGCUUGCAUCGAGAAACGGUGCACAACGAAUUGUCUCCGAGGGACCUAUUUUGAAUAUCACAAAAUUGAAUCGCAACGACGCCGGCAUCUACACUUGCGAAGCCGUAAACUCUCAGGGCUCUGCCAUGAUUAAUAUUACAGUUGUUGUCGAAUACGGUGCCUCGAUUAAAUCCAUAUCGGAAAAUGUAAUUGUUAAUCCAGGCGAGGAGGCGAUGUUAUCGUGUUCCGUCGAAGGCAAGCCAUUGACGGAGGAACACAUUCGCUGGGAACGCAUCGGCUACGACAUGACAAUUAAAACGUCGACAACGUUCAGCAAUGGCAGCAGCUAUUUGCACAUUAAAGAUGCACAACGAGCGGAUGUCGGCAAUUUCCGUUGCAUUGCGGAUAAUCGUGUGGCAAAUCCCACAAGUCGUGACGUUUUGUUAAUCGUGAAAUUUGCACCUGAAAUCGACAAAUCACCGACGAUGCUGAAGGCAGCAAGUGACGCCAACGAACGAGGACGUCUCGUGUGUCGGGCACAAGCUUCGCCCAAACCGACAUUCAUUUGGUCGCGUGGCGGACAAGUCAUUCGCGUAAAUCAAACGAACAAAUUCAUCUCGGAAUAUCGCAUGGUUGACUCGCUCACGUACGAAUCGGUGCUCAUCAUAAAUCGUGUUGCGCCUGCCGAUUACGGGGAUUACGAUUGCGUGGCGAAGAACGAUUUGGGACAAACGAACGAAACGAUCAACUUGAAAGUAACGUCGCCGCCUGAUCCGCCCUUGGAGCUGAAUAUUUUGAAUGUUACGCACGAUUCGGUGACUGUUGGAUGGAAUCCCGGAUUUGACGGAGGUUUGCGGGCAACGUAUCGUGUGAGAUAUCGUGAAGCUAAUACGGAACACUACAAAUAUGAGGAUGCCAUUCCGAAUACUUUCAAAUUGACAAUUGGAGGAUUAAAGAUGAACACGUUGUACUUGUUCUCGAUUCAGGCAAUUAAUCAAUUGGGCGUUAGUCCGUAUUUGCCCGAUAUUCGGAAGGCACAAACACUUGACGCUCCUCCGCCUUCGCAACCCGCAUCUUCGUUAGGAGGCCCGCCAACGACUUCUGCUCCGGGCAUUGGCGGAGCAUCCGGUCUCUUACUUUUAAUUGGUAUUGCAUCCGGCACAGCUCUCGUUCUCCUUAAUAUCCUAUUAAUUGGCUGUUGCCUACAUAAACGCACUUCAAAAAGAAUUAAGCGAGGACUCGAUCCUUUGCCCGAAGAACUCAGGGAAAAGGGUGAAUUGCCUUUAGUUGUUAUUCUCGCUAUUUCGGGCGCUUGCUUUUUGCUUUUGCUCGUGAACGCGGGGCUCAUUUGUUGGUAUGUGAUCAAACGAAAGACGAAAGAAACGUCAGCGCAAAAUAGCAAAUCAGCAACGAUUGAAAUGUAUGCGCCAUCGUCGUACAAUGAUACCGUGACGGGCGAAACUUUGUCUUCCGUUUCGGAAAAGAGCGAUUCUUAUUCCAACGAGGGAAGUAAUCCAGAUUAUAUGGAUGAAACACGGAAAAAGGCUCAGUCGACAUAUUUGGUUGAAUCUGCCGAUAUGCCGCCGCCGCGUUACCAAAAAGAUGGCACAUUACCGACACACUAUCCAAGUGCAAUGCCAAAUAACAUGAUGGGAAAUCAUCAUACACGUACCUUACCUCAUCCGCGACAUCACAGCGUAAUCAAUCAGAAUUACGAGUCAGCGACACGAGCACGCGACGACCAAAUGUUGAACAGUAAAACAUUGAAUUAUGUCACAGCACCGUCCCCCGGGCCUCCGCUCGAUGGUUCUUACUACAACAUGAAUAGUGAUAGAUAUUUAUCAUAUCCUCCAAUGGAUUAUCCAACUUUGGAUUUUUCAACUCCUCCAUUACCGAUGUUGCCUGCACAGCAUUUACAAAAUACGGGAGGCGGCACGUUGCGUCGCGGCAUGUCGAAUCAUCGGGGCCUUGUUCCGCCGCCAGAUGUUACGCACGUGACGCACAACAACAUGCACGACAACGGUUCGACGCUCGGCGGAACAACGGCUCAACAACCGAAACAACCACAGGGUAUUCUGAAAGAUCCAAAUCGCACGAAACAGCAACAACCAAAUAACGUACAAAUUCUAAAUGUACAAAAUGCGCCGCCAGGCACACUCCUCGGCAACAAUCUCCUCAUGACGACGGGCUACGAUCCGAAUAACACGAAUCUCGGAUCCUUUAAUGCGUCACUCGGCUACACAGAUGCCGAUGGGCAUUUAGUCUAGAAGAAAAUUGACGUGAAAAUUUUUGUGGAUGUUUUAAGACGAAUCUCAAGUUUAUAAAUAAUAGUUAUGUUUAUGUAUAUAAAGUAUAUAUGAUAAAAAAAUUCUAUAUGAUGAACGAAGACAACGAUAAAAAAUAAUUUUUC